UCAAUCGUACAGCAAGACCAGAACAUGGUGGAUGGAUCAGCUAAUAGAAUAUCCGACAGAGAGGGAAAUGAAGCUUCAGAGAUAUAUACAAUCUUUACAUGAAGACCUACAAGUGGCUCAUGAGAGCAAAGUAUCACUACAGGAGGCACUGGUUGAUGCCAAUAAACAAGUUAAAGGUGAUGAUAGUAAUGACUUUAUAAGCAGUGUAUUAGAAGAGAUGAGACAAGAACAGGAAAAGUUGAAUCAGAUCAUUACUGACCAAAGAGCGAAAAUGUCUGAUAAGGACUUGCACAUAGCCAAACUAGUGAAGGAAAGACAAGAGAGAUUUGGCUUCAAGCAACCUAUCAAAGAGACUAGUUCCAUUGGACUACAAUUUAAUUAUCUGAUCCCUUCAAUGGAUAAAUUGGAUUGUCUGAGUGAAGUACAGGUAGCCAAGAAGAAGCUGUUCUUAAUUCAAGGAGACAAACCUCAACUGAUGAAUUGGGAGAAAUAUGGUCUAAGGAUUGGAGUACAAGAAGCUAGUCUGUCCUCUACUGAUACUGUGGAAACAGCAGUGGUUGCUCUUGUAGGAGGACAGUUUGACUUUCCAAAGAAUACAGUACUAGUGAGUGCUGUUUAUGCUGUUUCAUUAUCCAAGUCUCUCCUCAAGCCAUUGCGAUUAGAAAUUGAGCACUGUGUUGAUCUGAAGGGACGACCAGGCCUUACACGAUUUUAAAGUUGCUAUA